AUGGCCAUAGCUGCCUGGGUGUGCUGGGCAGGGAACUUUGACUGCAGUGCCUCCGUGUAUCAGGAGCCAUCCUGCUUGCUGCAGCUCGCGCAAGGAGGGUCCAGAGGUCUCCGGGCGUCAGAACCAGAUGCUGGUCUUGAUUUAGAAGAAGAAAGAACCCCCGCUUUUGAAUCCCAGACCCCUGACUGCCCCAGCUCUGACUGGGCGGAGCAGGUGCGCGUUGUCCCGUCGCCAGCCCCGAAGGCGGGGAAUCCGAAGCCAUCAGCAGGUGCAGCGGGUGACUUCCACCUUCUUGGAUGGACCUUGCCAGGCCGCCCAGACGAAGUCCUCAUUUACAGCAGAUCGGCAAAUGGAGCGUGGGAGUUAGACUCGAACAUUACGGACAUAGCAACCCGGAACGUGACGCUGUCGUUUGGUUGGGCCAGAGACACAGCUUUGAGCAGUGCAAAAGUUGUCGUAGCUUACGAUGCAACGUCCCCAGCAGGUCCUGCCGCUCACACCUUCAAGCACAACGGGGUCUCCUGGGUGUUCUUGGGACAGCAACUGUUUCCAGGAACCGAUGCCAUGUCUCUUGGGGGAAACUUGUUGGUCCUGGCGAACAGUUCAGGCAUGUAUCAGACAUUCCAGAUUCAAGGCGCAAGUUGGACGGCAGUGCCCACUGCCGACCUCGUGAUACCCACAGCGUUUGUCAGGUUUGCUGUGGACGGUCACACCCUGGCCGUUGUAUUAGCGCCGGCAUCCUUUUCCAACACACAAGUGCUGUUGUUUCAAUGGACGGGUAGCUCGUGGUUCGGGCCAGUGGCAAACAUCUCAAGCCCCACCGCUGCUCCGUUCAAUGGCGCCGGCCCAGUCGCCGUGGACGGGAACUAUGUCGCCGUGUUUUGGGCUUUGGCCGGCACCCCGACCCGCCUCCUCGUCAUCUACGAAAGCCAGGAUGGCUCGUGGUCUGACCUCACCGAGGUCUUUCGGACGGAGCUAAAUAGCUCCCCGGAAUUGCUUGCGGUCUCUAGCUCCGGCCGCGCAGCUGCGGAGUGUGUCGCGACAUGCGACCGGGUUACCAUCUUCGAGGCGAGCCCCAAUGGAACUUGGAGCGCCGCACGGACGAUCAAGUUUCUCGUGGACGUUUCAGGGGGCUCGAUGGCUCGGGCUGCCCUCACGGCCACCUCAGUUGCGGUGGCCGAGAUUGCAGUCCCAAGCUUCGGAUCCGAGUACUUCCCCGGCGGACGGAUCUUCGGAUGCAACGCGACGUCCACAACGUCCACAACGUCCACAACAUCCACAACGUCCGCACCGCCCACAACGCCCACAACGCCCACAACGCCCACAACGCCCACAACGAUGUGCAAGCGUCGCUGCAGGCAGUAA